AUGUAUGCCGUUAUGAAGUGUCUUUGUAAAGGUAUCCCACCCGAUAGCAUUGAUGAUUAUACCUGUAUGGCUGCUUCUACUACUUACUAUUAUAUUAAGAAGUUUUGUGAUGCAAUUAUGUUUUGGUUUAAUGCGGAAUACAUGAGACGUCCAACUGUGAAUGAUGUGGAGUGGCUGAUGAAGGAAAACGCAUCUAGAGGCUUUCCAGGAAUGCUUGGUAGCCUGGACUGUAUGCAUUGGGGUUGGAGGGUGUGUACACAAGACGAGGAGGGAACAUACACAUGCCACAAAAGCUUACCCACAUGUGUUCUUGAGGCGGUUGCUUCAUACGAUAGGUGGUUUUGGCAUGGGUAUUUUGGAGUGGGUGGAUCCAACAAUGAUCUUAAUGUUUUGAAGUCCUCUAAUUUGUUUGAUGACAAUCUCAAUGGUAUUGCACCACCUUGUCAUUUUACUAUCAAUGGGAACCAGUACACGCAGGGGUAUUAUUUAGUGGAUGAAAUUUAUAAGAGUUACUAUGUGUUAGUCCAAGCUUACGGUGCACCCAGUGGUAUUCCAAUUCUCGAGUUAUUUAACAAAUAUCAAAUGGCAAAGAGGAAAGAUGUGGAACAUGCAUUUGGGACACUGCAAAGUAAAUUUAGGAUCCUUUACCAUAGAUGUAACUACUGGGAAAAGCAAGAUAUGAAAUCGAUCAUGAGAACAUGCUUGAUAUUGCAUAAUAUCGUUGUAGAGGAUGAACAUCGUGACCCGGAGUGGAAUUAUGUGUCAGACCCACCACAUGCACCUAUAGUAGGAUACCCGAGGCAGACAAGCGAGGCAUUAAAAAACCCAGUUCUCCAGGAGAGACUUCGUACGAAUCUUGCAGGUCAUAUAUGGGAAUGCCAUGGUCAAGGUCUAAGGGAUGGUGAAAUGCCUGGAGAUGCGAUAGACAAUGAGCUGGAUUCGGGAGAAGACACGGACGAGGUUGAUGUUGAUCAAGACCAUUACGACCCAGAAGGACUUUUGUUGGACUCCGAUUCAGAAUGA